GGCGCCAGGCGGCGGCGGCCGGGCGGGAGCCUGAGCCCCGGAGCGCCCGGGACCCCCGGCAGCCCCGCGACCCCCGAGCACAGCCCAGGACAUGGUGCAGGGUGAAGAGCACAAUUAAAGACGCUGCCACCACUCACUCCACACCCUCCUGAGGACUCCAUGAGGCAGGACACGGGCUGAUGCUCUCACCCCACCAUGGAUGGGGGGAACAGCUUCCCACAGCACCAGCAGCCGGGCGACGCCGUCCGCGGCAUCCCCGGCCUCCGCUCCCAGCUCGCCGUGCCCGACGUGGAGAAUUCCAUGCUGGCCGCCGACUCGUGGAGUAGCUGCUACCCAGGCUCUUUCCCAACCUCAUCUUUCCCAAGUGAAAACCAGCAAUAUUUUAGCCCCCCUCAGGAUUUUUAUAUGGAUUCCAUCAGCAGACCACAUUUCUUGGAUACAAACUAUGCAGCUGUGGACCCCACUGACUUCUUACCAAAAAAUGGGGAUUUUCCUCAGGAUUCUUCAUACCUCGAUGAGCUCUCCAAUAACAACUCCCUGUUCUCGUCCCCCGCGGAUUCCCUCUCAGACAUCGUGGAUGCCAAGGACUUCCUGCCCGCCGACAGCCUGAGCCACGUGCCAACCCUGUGGGAUGUGAGCACACCUCAGCAGAACCAGAUCGAGCUGUUCUCACCCAGCACACCAUUCCCUGGCCUGAACAGCUCCAGUGACCACGUUCCUGCUGUCCCCAACACCCCACUCCUCAUCAGCUACCAGUCUCAGGCUCCUGCAGAGGAGGAAGAUGAAGGUGAGGAGGAGGAAACAGAAGAGUUGGGGCACACAGAGACGUAUGCAGAAUAUAUCCCUUCAAAGUCCAAGAUUGGGAAGCACCAUCCUGACCUGGUGGUUGAGACGAGCACCCUGUCCAGUGUCCCCCCACCUGACAUUACCUACAGCCUUUCCCUGCCCAGCUCCGUGGCUGACAAAGGCUCCCUGUCUGCACUGCAGCUGGAAGCCAUCAUCUACGCCUGCCAGCAACAUGAAGUUUUAUUGCCCAAUGGGCAGCGAGCUGGGUUCCUGAUCGGGGAUGGUGCUGGAGUUGGGAAGGGCAGGACUGUUGCAGGCAUCAUCUUUGAAAAUUAUCUUAAAGGGAGGAAAAAAGCUCUGUGGUUCAGCGUCUCCAAUGAUCUCAAGUACGAUGCUGAGAGGGACCUGAAGGACAUCGAGGCCUCCCACAUUCCUGUGCAUGCUCUGAACAAGAUUAAAUACGGUGACACAGCUACCUCAGAAGGAGUCCUCUUUGCCACCUACUCGGCGCUGAUCGGCGAAAGCCAGGCCGGGGGACAGCACAGGACGCGCUUAAAACAGAUCCUGGAGUGGUGCAGGGAAAACUUUGAGGGAGUUAUUGUGUUUGAUGAAUGCCACAAAGCCAAAAACGCCAGCUCUACCAAAAUGGGCAAAGCAGUGCUGGACCUGCAGAACAAGCUGCCUCGAGCAAGGGUUGUCUAUGCCAGUGCCACAGGUGCCUCAGAGCCAAAAAACAUGAUAUACAUGAGCCGCCUGGGGAUCUGGGGGGAGGGAACCCCAUUCCGAGCCUUCGAUGAGUUCCUGCACGCCAUUGAGAAGAGGGGCGUCGGCGCGAUGGAGAUCGUGGCCAUGGACAUGAAGGUCAGUGGGAUGUACAUUGCUCGGCAGCUCAGCUUCACUGGGGUCACCUUCAGGAUUGAGGAGAUCCCUCUGGACGAGAAGUACAAGGCUGUGUACGACAAGGCAGCCAAGCUGUGGGCAGAGGCCCUGAUGGUGUUCCAGCAGGCAGCUGACUGCAUCGGGCUGGAGUCUCGCAAGUCCCUGUGGGGGCAGUUCUGGUCGGCUCACCAGCGCUUCUUCAAGUACCUGUGCAUCGCCGCCAAGGUGCGGCGCCUCGUGGAGCUGGCCCGGGAGGAGCUGGCCAGGGACAAGUGCAUUGUCAUCGGCCUGCAGUCCACAGGGGAGGCUCGCACCAGGGAGGUGCUGGAUGAGAACGAUGGGCACCUCAACUGCUUUGUUUCUGCUGCAGAAGGCGUCUUUCUAUCACUAAUUCAGAAGCACUUUCCUUCAAACAAAAGAAAGAGAGAAAAAGGAACUGGCAUUAAAAGAAAACGGCGUCCCAGGGGCCGCUGCCCCAAGGCUCUGCGGGGUCCCUGUGACCAAGGGGUUGUCAUCAAGAUCAGCGAUGACAGCAGCACCGACUCGGACAUGGGGCUGGACAGCGACCUCACCUCGUCCCCAGAGUCCCUGCUGGAGACAGACGAUGUCAUCUUUGUGGAUCACACCUUCAGUGAGGACAGGGGUGGUUUCCACAUGCUGCCUUCUCAGAAAGAGCUGCACAGCCUGAGAGAGCUGAAGGUUGAAAAGAUGAAACAGGACCUCCUAGCAAAAGUGAAGGCACUGGGCCAAGAGCUACCUCUCAACACCUUGGAUCAACUGAUUGAUUAUUUUGGGGGCCCAGAGAAUGUGGCUGAGAUGACGGGCAGGAAGGGACGGGUGGUUCGCAGGCCCGACGGCUCCGUCGUGUUCGAGUCGCGCGCCGAGCAGGGGCUCUCCAUAGACCACGUCAACCUGAAGGAGAAGGAGCGCUUCAUGCAGGGGGAAAAGCUCGUGGCGAUAAUCUCAGAGGCCUCCAGCUCAGGGAUCUCCCUCCAAGCAGACAGACGGGUGAAGAACCAAAAGCGCCGGGUGCACAUGACCCUGGAGCUGCCCUGGAGUGCAGACAGGGCCAUCCAGCAGUUUGGCCGAACUCACCGAUCCAACCAGGUCUCUGCUCCCGAGUACGUGUUCCUCAUCUCAGAGCUGGCAGGGGAGAGGAGGUUUGCAUCCAUCGUGGCAAAACGCCUGGAGAGCCUGGGUGCCUUAACUCACGGGGACCGACGGGCCACCGAGUCCCGAGACCUCAGCAAGUACAACUUCGAGAACAAGUACGGGGCCAAAGCCCUGGACAAGGUCCUGUCCACGAUCCUCAACCACUCUGAGAGCAGAGUUCCUGUGCCCAGGAGCUACGAGAGAGGGGAGGAUGCCUUUUUCCGUGAAAUGAAGCAAGGGCUCAUCUCCGUGGGCAUCUGCUGCAGCCAGAUGAAGUAUGGCACUGUCUCAGUGGAGAAGGACUGCUCCAUCACCAAAUUCCUGAACCGCAUCCUGGGCCUGGAGGUGGACAAGCAGAACAUGCUCUUCCAGUAUUUUUCUGACACCUUUGACUACCUGAUUGAGAAGGACAAGAAGGAGGGCAAAUAUGACAUGGGCAUCCUUGAUUUAGCUCCAGGAGUGGAUGAGAUCUACGAGGAGAGCAAGGAGGUUUUCCUGACCCCGGGGCACCCACAGGAUGGGCAGGUUGUGUUCUACAAGAUCAGCGUUGACAGAGGCUUAAAGUGGGAGGAAGCCUAUGAGAAGUCGCUCAAACUGACAGGAACCUAUGAUGGGUUCUACCUCUCCUACAAGGUGCGAGGCAACAAAUACACCUGUCUGCUGGCAGAGCAGUGCCGUGGGAAGAACUUCAUCCUCUACAAGCCAAACAUUGGGAAGCAAAGCCAGCUUGAGAGCCUGGACAGUCUGCAGAAGAGAUACCGACGGGUGCUGCCCGAGGAGGCCAAGGAGCACUGGGAGAGCAGCUACCACUUCUCCUUGAAGAACUGUAACCACGCCGUGUGGAACAAGAGCUGCAGGCUGAUCCAGGAGGGGAAGGAAUGCUUCCAGGGCAUGCGCCUGAGGCACUAUUACAUGCUGUGUGGGGCCCUGCUGCACGUGUGGAGCAGGAUCGCCGGCGUCAUGGCAGACAUCACCAGCAGCAGCUACCUGCAGAUCGUGCGCCUCAAGACCAAGGAGAAGAAGAAGCAAGUCGGGAUAAAGAUCCCCGAGAGCUGCGUGCACAGGGUGCGGGAGGAGCUGAAGCAGAUGGACGAGGACGUGAAGAGGAAGCAGAGCCGGCUGCUCCAGGCCCAGGAGCAGAGCUCCCCCUUCUCCCUGCCCCUGCACAUCCUGCCGGGGCCAGGGCUGCCCCUGCCCUCCCUGUGCCACGAUGAGAUCCUGGACUUGACCUACAGCCCUCCCAGCAACAGCAUUCCUGACUUGGUGUUGAACCCAGAGACCAGAGCGCUCUGCUUCUCCUCGGAGCCCCCCCUGCAGCCCCAGCAGCCCCCCCAGCAGCAGCACAGGUUGUCCUUUGGCUUUGGCCACGCUCCUGGCCUGGAGGGCAGCACAGCCCCCGGCCCCUCACUGCACGAGCCCCCUGCCCUGCCUCCCCCAGCCCCCCUGCAGCAGCCACAGGAGGAUUUUCUCCAGCAAGACGGGAAUAUCAAUUUUAGAGAGAUCCUGGAGGACAUGCUGAGGACGUUUAGCGGGCCCUCCCAGGAGAACUUGCUCCCCCCGGAGCGCCAGAGCGUGAUCCAGUUCAGUUCUGGGCCUUUCCCAAACUCCUGAGUGCCAGCUGGGAAUGCUGCUGUGGAUCUGUGUUCUCUGGUGCAAAGGUGAGAGCUGAGGAGCCCUGACUUUUCUGCUGGUUUGGACUGACUCUGCUCUGGUUUUGAGGGAAGAAAGAGCCUGGAGUUUCUUAAAGAGAAUUUUAUUUAUAUCUAAUAUCUAGUCAGGCAUGUGCAGGUUUGUAUGGAACGUGCCCAGGGAGAGCUGAGCAGGUCCUGCUGGGCUGAGGGCUCUGCUGGGUUGAGUCCUGCUCACAGGUCAGUGCUCAGGUGGGAUUGAAGGGAGACCCCUCCUGUGCCCACCCCCUGCAGACUACUGAGUGUCCGAGCCUUGCCCAGCCCUCCAGGCCUGCAGGAGGGGCAUGGCCAGGCUCUGGAAUGACCACAUGCUGGUCACUUAGGGAAGAAUGAGAGUUCAGCCCCCAGCUUGGGCUGCCCCAGCACUGCUGCACACCCUGGGGCUGUGCUGGCAGGCUGGGAUGAAGGGGAAGGGAAUGUUGUCCCAGAGGAGCUGGGAGAUGCUGAGCUCAGGUGUUCUCUGGCAGGGCUGUGCAGGUGCAGUGAGAGAUCCAAAAAUGUUUGUGCUGCCCUUGCCAGGAAGGGACCUUGAGCUGGCUGCACCCCACAGACAGAGCUUGAGUCUGGCAGAGCUCAGCCACGCCAGGAUCAGCAGGAUUCUCCAGAGCAGAAGGGACACAUGUCCCUUUGUCCUGCACUUUAACCUCACCAGGUCGCCGUGACCAGAUGUGCUUUGGCCAGUUUCCUGCUGUCACAUGUUGUCCCUUCACCUGGACAUCUCGCUGGUCCUGCCACUGCCCUGGGCCAGGGGUCUGGGUCAGGGCAGUGUCAUUGUCACUGCUGGGGUGUGUAGUGUCUUUGCACUGGCCAGGAUGUGCAGUGUCAUUGUCACUGCAUGAAAUAUGCAGUGUUCCUGUCAUUGCCCAGGAUGUGCAGUGUCACUGUCACUGUUCAGGGUGUGCAGUGUCAUUGUCACUGCAUGAAAUAUGCAGUGUUACUGUCAUUGCCCCGGAUGUGCAGUGUCACUGUCACUGUUCAGGGUGUGCAGUGUCAUUGUCACUGCCUAAAAAAUGCAGUGUUCCUGUCAUUGCCCAGGAUGUGCAGUGUCACUGUCACUGUUCAGGGUGUGCAGUGUCAUUGUCACUGCCUAAAAAAUGCAGUGUUACUGUCAUUGCCCAGGAUGUGCAGUGUCACUGUCACUGUUCAGGGUGUGCAGUGUCAUUGUCACUGCAUGAAAUAUGCAGUGUUACUGUCAUUGCCCAGGAUGUGCAGUGUCACUGUCACUGUUCAGGGUGUGCAGAGUCACUGUCACUGCCCAGGACAUGCAGAGUCGCUGUUGAGGGUGUGCAGUGUCACUGUCACUGUUGAGGGUGUGCAGUGUCACUGUCACCACCCGGGAUUUGCAGUUUGGCUGCUCCUGCUGCAGUCUCCCUCUCAGAUACCAAAGAACAAAGGCUGCUUUGCAAAGCACUGCCCCACCCCCUGCUGCCUCCACCCCAGCACCGAGGGCAUCAAAGCCUUUCCCAAAGUGGCACCGGGAUGAUUUCAGGCAAGGACCUGGGCCCUUCCUCAGAGAGCCCUUGGGGCAGGGGGUACUCUGUGCCCUAACAGGGCAGUUUUGAGGGGGCUGGAGCUUCACAGUGCCUGGUGGUGUCACCCCCGUGUCCCCCCAGGGCUCAGGGACUGGCCCAGUGCCCGUUUGGUGCUGGGAAUUGCUCUGGGUCUGUGUCCAGGCGUUGUGAGCUGACUCCUGACACCGACCUGCCCUGCUGCCACACAAGUGGGCUCAGUUUGAGGCUACUCUGGUCCCUGAAUUUCGUUUGGGGGGAUGCUGUCCUUACCCCCCUCCCCAGCUUAGCACCAGCCCAGGCUCAAUCCCUGCAGUCAGGGCCACAUUUCACCUCCUUCCUUACCUCAACGUGAUCACCAAAGAUGGGGGAGCCCCCUGUGCCCCGCCAAGCCCUGCUGGUCUCCCCAGCUCUGCUUCUCUCCAGCCCUGCAGCCUUCCCCAGGCCGGGCAGAGCCAGGCUGCCCCUCUCCACACCCUCCCCUAUUUAAAGCACUGCUCGCUUGGGGCCGAAUUCCCAGCAAUGAGGGAAAAGGACGCCGGGAAAACCCAGCUCAAAGAGGUUUAAACUCAGGAAUAGCGAGGGGGAAUUCCCUGCUGGGCACCCUCUGCUGUCACCGGAGCCUUACCUGGUGGCUUUGACCUUAACUUUAAAAUAUAUGCAAUCUUCCCUCCCUGGUCUCUGGAAAGACAGAGGCCACCUUCAAGGAUUCCCUUUCCUGCCCCAGUCCCAUGUUUUUUGUCAGGGUUAAUAAUAUGUAAUGUUACCUUUUAACUAAAUUAUUCUGCAGUUGUCCUACUGAUUGUAUUUUUAAUGAGUCCCUGUUUUCUUCCCUGACACCUUUGUGUUGGCACUUUUUAAUCUGCUUGUUGUUUGCCCUUGUUUCUAUGUAUAUUUAUAAUUAAGUUGUAUAUAUGUAAAGAGAUUUUUUAGACUAUGUGCCUUGGACUAAUAAUUCCUGAAUUUUCUACUUGCCUCGGAUAAUUUUUCAUUCUGCUCAGUAAAAACGGAACAG